AUGACCGAGCAGUAUUCCGUUGCAGUUGGCGAAGCCGCCAAUGAGCACGAAACCGCUCCAAGAAGAAAUAUCAAGGUCAAAGACCAGCCUUUGGUCAGACCUAUAAACUCCUCCGCAUCCACACUGUACGAAUUUGCCCUGGAAUGUUUUACCAGAGGUGGCAAGAGAGACGGUAUGGCAUGGAGAGAUAUUAUAGAAAUACACGAAACGAAAAAAACCAUAGUCAAGAGGGUCGAUGGUAAGGAUAAGCCCAUCGAAAAAACAUGGUUGUACUACGAACUGACUCCUUACAUAACCAUGACCUAUGAGGAAAUGAUUGGCGUGAUGCACGACAUUGGGCGUGGGCUGAUAAAGAUUGGUGUUAAACCUAACGGAGAAAAUAAAUUCCACAUCUUUGCCUCCACUUCCCAUAAAUGGAUGAAAACUUUCCUUGGUUGCAUGUCGCAAGGUAUUCCCGUAGUCACCGCAUACGACACAUUGGGUGAAAGCGGUUUGAUUCACUCCAUGGUGGAAACGGAUUCCGUCGCCAUUUUCACGGAUAACCACCUGUUGUCCAAAUUAGCAGUUCCUUUGAAAACCGCCAAGGACAUAAAAUUCGUCAUUCACAACGAACCCAUAGAUCCUAAUGAUAAAAGACAAAACGGUAAGCUUUACAAAGCUGCCAAGGAUGCUGUUGACAAAAUCAGAGAAGUGAGACCAGACAUAAAAAUCUACAGUUUUGAUGAAAUUAUUGAGAUAGGUAAAAAGGCCAAAGACGAGGUUGAAUUGCAUUUCCCAAAGCCGGAAGAUCCGGCUUGUAUCAUGUACACUUCUGGUUCAACUGGUACACCAAAGGGUGUGGUAUUGACACAUUACAACAUCGUAGCUGGUAUUGGUGGUGUGGGUCACAGUGUUAUCGGAUGGAUUGGCCCAACAGACCGUAUCAUCGCAUUUUUGCCGUUGGCUCAUAUUUUUGAAUUGACCUUUGAAUUCGAAGCGUUCUACUGGAAUGGUGUUCUGGGGUACGCCACUGUCAAGACUUUGACGCCGACUUCCACACGUAAUUGCCAAGGUGACCUGAUGGAGUUUAAACCUACGAUAAUGGUGGGUGUCGCUGCAGUUUGGGAAACAGUGAGAAAAGGUAUCUUGGCUAAGAUCAACGAGUUGCCUGGUUUGUCUCAGAAGAUUUUUUGGACUGUCUAUGCUUUGAAAGAAAGAAAUAUACCAUGCAGCGGCUUGUUAAGUGGGUUGAUCUUCAAGAGGAUCAGAGAAGCCACUGGUGGAAAUUUGAGAUUUAUUCUGAACGGUGGGUCUGCAAUCAGUAUAGAUGCCCAAAAAUUCCUUUCCAACGUCCUGUGUCCGAUGCUCAUUGGAUACGGGCUAACUGAGGGUGUGGCUAAUGCCUGUGUCUUAGUGCCUGAACAUUUUGAUUACGGUAUUGCGGGUGACCUUGUUGGGACUAUUACUGCUAAAUUGGUAGAUGUCGAAGAUUUAGGCUAUUUUGCAAAGAAUAAUCAAGGUGAGUUACUCUUAAAGGGUGCACCCAUCUGUUCCGAAUACUAUAAGAAUCCUGAAGAAACUGCUGCGGCCUUUACCGAUGAUGGCUGGUUCCGUACCGGUGAUAUUGCUGAAUGGACCCCCAAAGGACAAAUAAAGAUCAUUGACAGAAAAAAGAACUUGGUCAAGACCUUGAAUGGUGAAUACAUUGCAUUGGAAAAAUUAGAAUCCAUUUACAGAUCAAAUUCUUAUGUCCAAAACAUCUGUGUUUAUGCUGAUGAAAAUAAAGUCAAACCAGUCGGCAUUGUGGUUCCUAACCUGGGACCUUUGUCUAAGCUGGCCAUCCAAUUAGGUAUAAUGGUACCAGGUGAAGAUGUCGAAAGCUAUAUCCAUGAAAAAAAGCUGCAAGAUGCCGUUUGCAAAGAUAUGCUGUCAACUGCCAAAUCCCAAGGCCUAAAUGGUAUUGAAUUAUUAUGUGGUAUUGUUUUCUUCGAGGAAGAAUGGACUCCAGAAAACGGGCUUGUUACAUCCGCCCAAAAAUUAAAGAGAAGAGAUAUUUUAGCCGCUGUCAAGCCAGAUGUGGAAAGAGUUUACAAAGAAAACACUUAA